GCGGUCCGGCAGGUCCCGGAUGUUGCGGGCAGUAUGAGGCGAGCACAAGGGGACAGGGACCAGCUGCUGUCGCCGCCGUUCUCAGGGUGAAGAAAAGCCAGAAAUCUUUGCCCCCUGACUUUGGAAACCCAAUUUAACCUUCAAAAUGGCGAUGUCAAGGGUUCCAAGUCCUCCACCUCCGGCAGAAAUGUCGAGUGGUCCCGUGGCAGAGAGCUGGUGCUAUGCACAGUGUUUGCGAGUAAACCCAAAAGGGCUGGAUGAAGAAAGCAAAGAUUACCGGUCACUUUACCUGUUAUUGGUCAGUUGUCCAAAGAGUGAAGUUCGGGCAAAGUUCAAGUUCUCCAUCCUGAAUGCCAAGGGAGAAGAAUCCAAAGCUAUGGAGAGUCAGCGAGCUUAUAUGUUUGUGCAAGGCAAAGACCGGGGAUUCAAAAAAUUUAUUCGUAGAGAUUUUCUCUUGGAUGAGGCCAAUGGGCUUCUCCCUGAUGACAAGCUCACCCUCUUCUGUGAGGUGAGUGUAGUACAAGAUUCCGUCAAUAUUUCUGGACAGAAUACCAUGAACAUGGUAAAGGUUCCUGAGUUCUGGCUGGCAGAUGAAUUAGGAGGGCUGUGGGAGAAUUCUCGAUUCACAGACUGCUGCCUGUGUGUGGCUGGCCAAGAAUUCCAGGCUCACAAGGCCAUCCUAGGAGCUCGGUCUCCAGUUUUCGGUGCCAUGUUUGAACACGAAAUGGAGGAGAGCAAAAAGAAUUGGGUUGAAAUUAACGACGUGGAGCCUGAAGUUUUCAAGGAAAUGAUGUGCUUCAUUUACACGGGGAAGGCUCCAAACCUUGACAAAAUGGCUGAUGAUUUGCUGGCAGCUGCUGACAUGUAUGCCCUGGAGCGUUUGAAGGUCAUGUGCGAGGAUGCCCUCUGCACUAACCUCUCGGUGGAGAACGCUGCAGAAAUUCUCAUCCUGGCUGACCUCCACAGUGCAGAUCAACUGAAAACUCAGGCAGUGGAUUUCAUCAACUAUCAUGCUUCGGAUGUCUUGGAGACCUCUGGGUGGAAGUCAAUGGUGGUGUCACAUCCCCACUUAGUGGCUGAAGCAUACC